AUGGAAACAGCAGCCAUCAUGCAGGUGCAAACCAAGCACUACCCCAAGAACUGCCUGCUGACUGUCAUGGACCGGUACUCGGCCGUGGUGCGUAACAUGGAGCAGGUGGUGAUGAUCCCCAGCCUCCUGCGGGACAUGCAGUUUAAUGUGCACGGGCACCGGGCCCAGGAUGGGGCCCCUGAUCUCUACAACUACUUCACCAUGCUCAAGGCCAUCCGCGUGUAUGUGGACCACGGGCUGCUGCCCCGAGAGGAGUGGAGGUCCAAGGUGGCAGAUGGCAGGGCCAGUGAGGGUGAGAAUGAAGCUGCAAAGACAGAGAAGGUUGAGGAGGAGAGGAUCUUGGGGCAGCUGGACCUGGAAGCCCAGUUCCACCUGCACUUUUCCAGCCUUCAUCACAUCCUCACCCACCUUACCCUGAAAGCUGAGGAGGUGACAAGGACAUACCAGGAGAUAACGGGAGAGGCCAAGUAGGCCUCAGACUCUAGGGAAGAUCCCUUUAAGUGGCAGAGGGCAGACUCUGAUGAGGACACGGAACACUUCGCUAGCUCUGAUGCAGACCAGAAA